CUCGUACUCCUCCUUUUUAUCGCAAAAGAUCCAUCAAUGCGGACCAAUCACUUUCCCUCACUGCUUUCAGUGAUUGCCAUAUUCUGCGCCUUCGUAGUGGCUAUGCCCCUUCAGAAGGCUGCACAGGCACCCGGCUCUUUGCCUGGAAAUGGUUCACCGCACGAUGAUCUACUUCAAGAUCCUCGAGUAACACCGCAGGGCGUUGGAAAGAGAGAUUCAAGCAGGUGCGACCUUGAUCAGAUAGUAUCCGGCUCCCAGCAUUUUGGGAACAGUAAUUUUCCUACACUUGGGUGGAUGACGGGCCGAUCUAGACUAGAGAGGCGACGAUUCUCGUUAUGGGACUGCUUAAGGUCGUGACAGCCUUUCAUUUUUUUCUCUUAGUUGGUUUCCAGUUCGGCUAUUUCCUUCAUGCAAACGCAUUCUGGUAACGAGAACAUAGGAUAUAGGACUUCAUAAGUAGAUAACGAUGUUAAGUUGGUGAUCGCCAUGCAAAUGGUGUUUUACGCGAGAUGUCACAGCACGUGCACUUGUGACAGACGCGCCCAUUUGGGGGAGCUGUGACCGACAUUAAUCUUGACUUAUGACCACCACCAGGACCUGCGCCAUGGAAGGUUAUGAAACGCUUAUCUCUCAGUUCUCAAAUUUAUUGACGUACUUCUCACCGCCAUUUGUUUAUGUUCACGACGCGUCAAAUAUUAGGCAGUCCGCCUUGGUGAUACAAACAGUGCUGCAGGAUCUCAAGGAGAAACCACAAACGACCUUGACAACAGCAUUCGUGGAUGGGAUUGCUUGCUUUACACCACGACUUCUAUAUGAUACAGCACUCAACGAACUCGCAUCCUGGACUCCGCUGUGGAACGAAGGAUGCAACAAUUGGGCUGGGCCUUCGGAAUAUUCUGGGCAGCGUUUCGAUGACAGUUUGGACAGUUUCCUCCACGGCCUACGCGCCCUUGCUGCCUCACGACAUUCGGAGAAAAUUCAGCCCAAUGGACAUAGUGAUAAGUCCAAAGCGAAAGCAAGAGCGACAGAAGAUGUCGAAACAGAAACUCGGAUGCUACUCGUUGUACAACAUGCGGAACGGUUGAGAGAGAAUAUGCCUGAUUUGGUCGUUCCUCUUACACGACUGGCAGAACUUGCACAAGUUGAUAUCACUACGAUUUUCAUUUCUGACCUCCGAUGGGACCAAAUGAAGCCUCCUCUUGGAGCUUCCCCUGAUCCCUAUUACAUCGAGGUACAGCCGCUAUCGAAACAAGCAAUGCUGGACCAACUCAGCAGUCUGUACCCUCAGGAACCUCCAACCCACACAUCUAAAAUAUUUGACCCAGACACAUACCAUCCAGAUCUCCGACCGCUCUACGUACAUUUCCUUUCCACGCUUUACAGUAUCUGUUCUCCCUUCACUACAGAUCCCGAUGAACUUGCGUAUAUCGCAGCUGCCCAUUGGCCCGGCUUCGUCCAACCUUUGCUAGAUGAACGCCAAAGUGUCAUCGCGGAAGGAUACGAUCCACCCUCUUUUACACCCACGGAGGAUGCUCGAAUACGCCUUACGCGUCUAUUUACACCUACCUUCACAGCAGCCCUUGAAGCUCUGUACCCUCGUCUUACAUCUGCAUCAGCAUGGGCCCAGGCGAAUCGGCCGCCUAAGGACAUACUGUCAUAUGCCCCACUUCAGGCUCCAUCUGUAGCUGCCAGAAUGCCCGACGACAUCAAAGGACCGGGAUUGUUGGAGUCGCUAUCCAGGAUGGCGAAGUUCAUUCUACUCGCGGCAUUUCUCGCGAGUACGAAUCCAGCAAAAUCAGAUAUGAGGAUGUUUGGAAGGGGUCCUGAUGAGAGAAAGAAGCGCAGGAGAGGCGGAUCCAGGAGGGUCGGUGCCAAAAAUAGUGCAGUCAAGAUUGCACAACGGUUACUGGGACCACUUGCAUUCCCUCUGGACAGAUUAAUCGCUAUUUUAGGCGUCCUACUCGAGGAAAACGAUGCUGAGACUCGACCACCGGCGCCUGAAUAUACCCUGCCUGGAGAGUACACCGAGAUGGAAAUCUCCCGAGUCGCUAUUUACGCUCAGGUCAUGGAACUCGCGUCAAUGCAUUUGGUGCAUCGAACGUCGCCACCAGACCGGUUAGAGCUGUCGCCCACGUUCAGGUGUGGAAUAUCGUAUGAAGUUGCGCUGAGUCUCGCAAGAGGUCUCGGAAUCACACUAAAUGAUCUCAUGUGGGAGCCGGCAUAAAACAUCUCAACGAAUGCACAUACACAAUCUGUGUAGGCAGAGACUACGCAGUUUGUAAGUUAUUCACACAUAUGUACAGUAAUCCCGAGUCAGGCAAUAUUGUCGAAGCCAUUGCCCAACAAGCACUAAUAAAUUGACUGAUGUAUGAUGAUCAACGGUUUCACAGUUGGCUUGUAAGGUAGAUAUCAUGUAAUGUGAGUAGUCUGCUUAGAUAUUGAGCCAUACAGCCUUUCCGCAAAUACGUACAUGAGUAUUAAUCCGG